ACCUGUGAACAAAAUGUCCUGUGAUAUAUUACAAAUUAAAUGCGAUGGUUGCAAAGAUCUAACACACGAACCAUAUAUUGAAUGCUGUGAGUGUGAGACAAACCUAUGUUGUUCAUGUUUUGCAACUGGCAAAGAAGUCGAUUUACAUAAAAACGACCACAAGUAUGCUGUGAGAAGAAACGAUUUCCCACUUUUUGACAACUGCAACUGGUCAGCAAAAGAGGAGUGUAAACUUCUUACUGCUUUGUCAACACAUGGAUAUGGAAACUGGGAAGAAAUAUCUAAAAGUGUGCAUACACGAUCCAAACUAGAAUGUUUAGAACACUAUAAAAAGUAUUAUAUUGAAAAUGUUCCUUUUGAAGAAUUAAAAUUAUUACCUGAAACAGAUCAAUCUCUUUUUCCUCAACCUGUCAUACCAUAUCUAUUUAGCAUGGAGAUUAGUACCAAUCCCCCUAGGAACAAUCAAGGUGACCGACAUUUAGCUGGUUAUAAUGCAUAUAGAUCAGAGUUUGAACUUAAUUAUGACAGUAAUGCUGAAAACAUUUUCACUAUAGAGGACACCCACUCUGAUGAUGAAGAUGAAUGUUUGGAUGCUCUAAAAGUUAGCCUGGUGAAUGCUUUUAACACUCGCCUUAAAGAAAGGCACAGAAGAUAUAGCAUAAUUAAAAAUCAUGGACUGAUUAUGAUAAAUAAAUUGUUUUCUUGGGUGAAAAAGUUUGAUGUAACUCUCACUAGAGCAAAGGCAGAGCGAUUACUAGUUUUUAUGCAGUUUAUGACAGGUAUGCAAUUUGAUGCCUUUAUGGAGUCCAUGAGUCUUGCUGAAGCAUUAUUGCAAAAAUAUAUACUUUUGACAGAGUAUCGCAAAAAUGGUAUAAAAACAUUGCAGUCAGCCCGCCUCUAUAGACACUUAAAGUCUGAACAUGAGUCAGUUUUGAAAGAACAAAGAUAUUACUCAAUGGUUAUGGCAAGAAAAUUUGAGAGUAAAUCGCCUGCAAAGCAUAAAUUCAGUCUUAAUCAAAAUUUCUUGCCUACUGCAGGCAAAAAAUACAAAAGGUCUCAUAUGCCAUUAGACAUUAUUGAUAUGCCCGGUUAUCAUUUGUUAUCUGAAAGUGAAAAGACACUAUGUGCCCAUGUAAGAUUAGCUCCUAGGAACUAUUUAGAGAUUAAGAAUACAAUGAUAGCUGAAAAUCACAAGUUAGGAUUUUUAAGGUUACUGGAUGCAAGAAGAAUUGUAAAAAUAGAUGUGAAUAAGACACGGAAACUGUACGAUUACCUUAUUCAAGAAGGAUUUAUAACAAAACCUUUAAUGACAUAAUAAAUUCUUAAAUAAU